AUGGCGUCCAAAGGGUUGCAGAAGUUCUCGCGGAGCUUGAUAACACUAAGAACGCUCUCUUCUGGAGUGAAGGAUCCGUUGACGGUUGGUCAUAACGUCCUGGUCGCAGAAGUCCUUCUAACUACUCAGCAGCAAUGUCUGGCACCACGGCUUUCGAGGUCAAUGGCGACGGAGACCACGAUGCCCUCCAACAUAACGCACGAAUUCAAUCCUUCAUUUCUUGAAACCGCUUCGGAUCCUACGUACGGCCUACCAGACCCGACAGUCCUUACCACCAUCUAUAAAUUUCCUACGAUGGAGCCUAUCCGAUUCGAAUCAUACAACAGCAAGCACCUCCAUCUUCCUCUCCGCCGCGAUAUUCUGCACCGCGCAGUCAUCUUCGAAGGCGACUACACCCGGCAAGGAACAGCAAGCUCCAAGACUCGAUUCGAGGUCCAUGGUUCUCACCGCAAAGUUAGACCACAAAAGGGAGGUGGUAAGGCGCGUCUUGGUACGAGGCAAUCGCCUGUGAUCCAGGGUGGAGGAAAGACUUUCGGACCGCAUCCUCGAGACUUCGCUACCGCCCUCCCGAGAAAAAUGUACGAUUUGGCGUGGAGGACUGCCUUGAGCUGGCGGUACAGGAGGGGUGAACUGCUUGUAUGCGAAGAUGGGAUGGAUAUCGAGUACCAGAAGGCACGAUACAUCAAGGCCAUUUUGGACCACAACCACUGGGGUAAAGAAUUUGGGAGAACACUCAUAAUUACAUUGAAUCUGGAGAGAAACCUGACUCAGGCCAUGGAACAUGCUGGUGAGCAUGGGAGAGUUCAGACAGCUGAGGAAGUGGAUGUCAAGGAUUUGCUCGAGUUGGGAAGAGUAGUGAUUGAGAAGAGUGCGCUGGACAAGAUAUUGAUCGAGCAUCAGAGUGAUCUCGUGAAUCGAAGGACUGUAGCAUAA